GGGAAGCGCUCUGUUCAGAACUUCUUCAGCAGCUGUGGAGUGGGACCUCUGUGGCACCACACAGUACCAACGAGCAAGAAACGGGCAAAAUGUGAAGGAAAACAGCCAUACACCACUGUCUGAAAGUGGGUGUGCAGUGGGAAAGUGUAGCAGUCCUUAAACGAGUGCUUAAAGUUGUUGUUACGCAGCAGGGGCGCGUACUACUCCGUGCGUAAAAGUGAGUCAGGGGGUAAGGUAAAAAACUACUACUACUACUUCGGUGGAAGAAAAGAUUUCAUGGUUACAAUGGAUGCGAUAGUGGGCCUUUGGGACGAAAUUAGACGCUCACACUGAGAAGAAGAAUUGUUCAAACUUUUGCAGUUGAUGUUUUUAGAGAUUGGAGACCGGAGCGGAGAGCGCAGUGUAGCAGCAGAUGCUGGACAGUGACUAAGCCUUACGGCUGGGAGGCUAAUGAAUUGCAUUUGUCUGGACUCCAGACUUUAUGUAAGAAGUAGGACAAGAAGUUAGGAGACCGUCUAACUAUUAAUUUCCGCCACACGUAGAGACGAUUGUUUUGCCCAGCGUCUUGAUGUUAUGAUAGUCAUCAACUACCAAAGCUCCGGCAGGAGUUAGUGGCAAGUUUCUACAUAUACAUCUACAUCUGUCUACCUCUUUUCAACAUGGACGAAAGUGUUGAUAGUGUUGACAGCUGCUCGGACGGGGAGAGCAUCAACCUCAGCGUGCUCAACUGGGAGCAAGUGCAGCGGCUGGACAACAUUCUUACCGGCUCCAUCCCCAUCCACGGCCGCUGGAGCUUCCCUACCCUGGAGGUGAAGCCGCGGGAUAUCGUCAAGGUGGUCCGGAGCCGCAUGGAGGAGAAGCGGAUCCAUGUCCGGGAGGUGCGGCUGAACGGUUCUGCCGCCAGCUACGUCUUGCACGAGGACAGCGGUCUGGGGUGGAAAGAUUUGGACUUAAUAUUCUGUGCCGACCUGAAGGGAGAGAUGGAGUUUCAAAUAGUGAAAGAUAUUGUGCUGGACUCUCUUCUGGACUUCCUGCCCGAGGGGGUGAAUAAAGAAAAGAUCACACCAGUGACCUUAAAGGAAGCCUAUGUGCAAAAGAUGGUCAAAGUGUGCAAUGAUUCGGACCGCUGGAGUCUCAUCUCCCUCUCCAACAACCGUGGCAAAAAUGUGGAGCUCAAAUUUGUGGACUCUCUUCGACGGCAGUUUGAGUUCAGCGUGGACUCCUUCCAGAUCCGCCUGGACUCACUUCUCCUUUUCUACGAGUGCUCGGAGCACCCCAUGGCUGCCACUUUCCACCCUACAAUCCUCGGGGAGAGCGUCUACGGCGACUUUCCCACCGCCCUUGACCACCUGCGCAAGCGCCUCAUCUGCACCAGGAGCCCAGAGGAGAUCCGAGGCGGGGGUCUGCUGAAAUACUGCCACUUGCUGGUGCGGGGUUUCCGCGCAGCCUCUGAAACUGAGAUGAAACUGCUGCAGCGCUACAUGUGCUCGCGUUUCUUCAUAGACUUUCCCGACGUGAGCGAGCAAAGGAGAAAGCUGGAGUCUUAUCUGCAGAACCACUUUGUGGACUUAGAGGACAGGAAGUAUGACUAUCUGGCCACGCUGUACAGAGUGGUGCAGGAAAGCACGGUGUGUCUGAUGGGCCAUGAGAGGCGCCAGACACUUAGUCUAAUAUCGUCGCUGGCGUUGCGCGUCCUGGCCGAGCAGAACGCCAUCCCAAACGCAGCCAACGUCACCUGCUUCUACCAGCCAGCUCCUUAUGUGUCAGACGGUAACUUCAGCAACUAUUACGUAGCGCAGGUUCAGCCCAUGUACCACUGUCCUCCCUCGCCUACGCACCGGUACAUUCCCCCUCAGCACCAUCCCAUGUACGCCACCUGGUUGCCGUGUAACUAAACUUUGUGCAAGUAAAGCACAUUUGGAACCAACUCCUUAAAAAGGGAUGCUUUUAAUCUGCUCCUUGAGAUUGGACAUUGAGGGAAAUGAGAAAAGGAAAGGACAUGAGACAUAAUUAGACAGAUAAGAUUAAAAAAAGGGAAUAAAGGAAGCAGGGGAAAUGAAGACAAGGAACCUGGAUCGAGGCAGUGGGCCAGAGAAAGGCUUUUCCUUGGGUCAAGGUGCCACAGUACGAAAAGCUGAGCAAACAGGGAGGGUAGCCAACGAGAGAGGCUGACCCAUCAGAUUUAGGGUUCUCUCAUCAGUGCUAUGGUUGAUUUGGCAAACAAGAGUCUGGGUAUAACUGUUGUUGGAACUUGCACAUUCUCUUCAUAUUAUAACCAAAACAGACUUGCAUACAGCUGCGGAGAGUGGCUUAGGACACACGUGAUGUGCUGGUAUCGAGUUAUGGUCAGAGAAAAGUUGACGUGCGCUCGUAUGAGACUCCUUUUCACAGACAAUGCAAAAAAAGGAACUGGAUAAUGUUUACUGACUUUGAUUCUCAACUGAAUACUGAGACAAAAAAAACAACGAAGCAAUGCAUGUAUUGUUUAAGUGCCUGGAUCAAGCCUCAAAGGAAGAGAUGUCUUUAUCGUAGAGAACUGUUGAGUCGUAUCAUUGAUUUUCAAAGUGAUAAUGAAUGUACUGUCGAACGGAGAGUUUAUUUAUGCUGAGUAAGGUCUCUAAUGCUUUUGCAAUAAUUUUUGAAAAUGUUUAGUUCUGCUCUUAUCUGCAGCCGUGCUUGACAAACUCACAUCCUGAUUACCAAAGAGGAAGUAUCAACAUAAUCUCAUCAUCUUUACAGAGAGGGGGUAUGUGAUGGUUGUAUCAAAAAAGCUUGUAAGAGUAAAAUAGAUGGACAAUUUUAAGAGAAAUGUACCGAGAAAGAGGUUAGGCAUUUAGAGAGCCAGCUAGCAAGAAUCAACUCCUUUCGUCUGCAACUUACCACAGAAUGGCUACAUAAAGAAUGUCUGCCCAUGAUGAUUUUAAAAAAAUGCAUCUUCAUCUCAUGUAGUCUAUACCAAAGUGCAAACAAUGUAAACAAAGAAAAGGCAGCAUUUUGAAUUAAAUGCAUUCUGAAACAGGGACAACCAUUUUUAUUUUAUUACACUGGAAAGUUUAAAUACAGUUAUUUUAUUCAUUUCAUAUUCUUCUUAUCAAAUAUAUAACAGAACUAUUUUUUACAUCAUUUGUAUGCCGUAUAAAUCAGAUUUUGACAUGCUGUAUGCACUGUAAAAAUAUGUUUCCCUUCCAUGGGAGAGAGAGAAAGAGAACCUCUGCAAACAUCUGCAGCACAAACUUGUACAACCUGUAUGUUUGUCAGAGGGGUGGAGGUGAAAUUCGAAGAGGAUUAAAGCACAGUGAAUAUUGACCAGUGUAUAUUUCAGCUUGUUUGGGAUGUGUGGAAAUUGGGCUGUAUGUGCAGAUUAAAGCUGUCUAAAUGUUCUUACUCUUGAGCAUGGAAAACACCAAACAAUGGGGAAAAAUGGAAAAAAAUGUCAUAUUUGAAGGGCUAUAAGACAUGCAUUUGUUAUAUUGAGGAAAAUAACUGGUGUUACUGUCCUGCUUAGCAAGUGCUUAUUCUCUCAAACAUGUCCGAUUUCCUAUUUUUCUAUCGAUUUUUGUACAGUUGGUAUUUGGCUGAUGUAGCUGGCAGAUCCAAAGCUGUGUCGUUGAGUACUUUGUGGUGUGUGCAAAUUUGUUUUGUUUUUUGCUGAUGAAGAGCAUUGCCGGUUGAGACGGCGGUUAUGCAGAUUUAGCUUAAGUUCGUAACGUGUGUGCUCUGAGCUGUUUUACAUGGGUUUCUGUUGCUUUAAAGAGAUUGUUACACUGUUCUACUUGUUUUUAAACUGCCGCCCUGUGUGGACAUGAAAAUAAUGAUCUGAUAAUUGUGUUCAAGUUGAUCAACUUGAGAAUUAAAAGCAAAAAAAAAAAACACCAGACAA